AUUGAACAUUCCUAGCACGUACCAAAGCUAGCUCAAUUAUCUAUUCGCAGCUGAUUUUGGUUUUGUUUAUUAAAACUUGCAUUUGUGAAUUUUUUGAAAAUGGAAGAGAUGUCGACCUUAAAAACACUACUUUUAGCGUACACUGCAAAUAUGCAACUUUUUGAGUUAACGCAAUCUAGUUUUGAUUACAAUCUAGCCCUAUACAGGAGGAGAAAGAAGCGAAAAUUGAUGGUUUUGCAACAUUUAAGGAAACGGCAAAUUUUUCUUCUUGGAUUGUUGCAGCAAAACGCUACUCAAAGAUCUUUGUGGAAAUUGGAUCGGGAAUCUCAAUUCUGGGAAAUUAUUUACGACAGCAGUGAUGACUACUUUAAGAGUCACUUGCGCAUGACACGCGCCAGUUUUGAAAUACUUUGCAGCUUGCUUAGAAAUUUGAAAAGAGCCGACACAGCGUGCCGCAGAGCGAUUCCAUUACCAAAACGGAUAGCAAUCGCUUUGUUUGCUCUUGGGUCCUCUGUAGAAUACAGGGUAGUUUCCGAGCUAUUUGGAGUUGGGAAAUCAACCGUGUGCACUAUUUUAUUAGAGUUCUGCAAAGAAGUGUGGCCAGCAAUGUCGACACAGUACAUAAAGAAGUUGCCUCCGACGAACGAAACUCUCGCUGAAUAUGUUGAAGGCUUUUCUCGACUUGGCUUCCCACAAUGUCUAGGAGCCAUUGGUGGUUGCCACAUUGAAAUAAAACCGAAUCCAACAGAAGCAAACGAUUACUGUAACAUCAAAGGAUGGUAUUCCAUUGUACUAUUAGCUCUAGUUGAUUACAGGUGCACCAGGAAGUUGCAACGAUUCACAAAUAUUCGAUACAUCGCUACUAAAGCAGUUAUUGACGCAGAAUGAAAUAUUAACGAC